AAAUUAAACCAAAUUGACGUCCUAAACUGAAAUGAAUUGACUGAAGGAACCCAUAUUAGAUAUUGUUCCCACCCGGUCGAGUCGCAUCGACACACUUUGACGUACACAUACUAAAGGAAUAGCAACAUUAGCCCGAGCUAAUGUAAGAGCGACCGCUCGCUAGUUGGUAAUUACUCGUACAUGCACUUAUACAUAAAAUAAUGUGCCUUUCUUUUUAAUUAUUUAAUUAAAGUAUUUGUGUGCCAAUUUCCGCUCAUCGCAUUCUCGGUUUUUCAUGUUUUGUUUCACCGUUUGAUGUUUUACGUGAUCGAGCGGAACAUUAGCACAAGUGCAAACAAGGCGGAACGCUAGCAGCAAUUAGUGAACGGUAACAGUUCACCUGUUGUCGGUGUGCACUGAUGAUCUGCAGUCAAAUGUGCAAGCGCGAAAUACUUUGAUAGGGAAAAGGGGAUAUUGAUAAAAAGGAAAACUCGCUGCAGUGCCAUCAGUUGGAUCAUCAAAGGCCCACAGGAUGGCUGCUCCUGGAGCUGCAGCCGGACCAAGCACCUCCAACUGGAAUGCCAGAAAUAUUCACAGUGAUCUGAAUCAAAACGAGGAGGACUUGGACAGGAUUGCUGAAGCGAAUGAACUUUAUGAUGCUGUUCUGACCGGCUCAGUCGAUCGGGUAAAGAAAGUGGCUAAAAAGGCAUCACCUCCUUAUAAGGCAGCAGUUCAAGAUGAGUUCAAAUCAGUAGAGGUGCACGGAGGAAACUCACAGAAGCGACUGUCGUUGUAUAUUGGAAGUUUCCCCUGGUGGACAUCUGAUGGGGACAUCACAUCUAUGGCCCUAACCUUGGGUGUGAGGGAUAUCAAGGAGAUCAAAUUUGCAGAGAACAGAGUGAAUGGCCAGUCAAGAGGCUAUGCAGAAGUAGUGGUGACCUCAGAGGAAUCAUUCAAAAUACUGUUGGAAAAAAUACCCCAGUGUAAACUGAACGGGGAAACAGUUGAAUGCCGCUUUGCCACUCGACAGAACCUCACCGUGUUUGAGGACGUUGCAAAUAAACGUAUACCCCUCCGUCUAAAUUCAAAAGAUCCCAAGGAGUCGGAUCAUUCAGAUCAGGCUCCCUCAUUACCACAGGAGCCCAUCGCUCCACCAAGACCCCCAAUUUUCCCAACACAUGCGUUUCCACCUAUGCCUUUCAUCGGUCAUCCGCCUCCUCCCUUCCCACCUAUGCCUCCACACAUGCCACCUCCCCUGCCUCCGCCUAUAUUCCCUCCUCAUCCAGUCCAUAUUCCCAGCCAACCGCCUCCUAGUCUUCAUAUAAACCCUGCAUUCUUCAACCAGGAUGGACACGGCAGCAAAGCUUACAGCCAACACAAACAAACACCUCAGAGUCCAGAGGAGGAUUUCGAUGAGCUAAUGAACAGAAAUAGAGCCAUCGCCAGCAGUGCCAUCUCUAAGGCUGUGUCUGGAGCAACAGCUGGAGAUUUGCAAGUGGCGAUGGAGACUCUAUUAACUGCCAUUGCCAUCAUUAAGCAGUCCAGAGUGUACAGAGAUGAACGCUGUCAAGCGCUGGUCACCUCCCUCAAAGAUUGCCUCGUCUCCAUCCAAGGAAACUAUGGCUACAGGGGAAGCAGUCGUUCUCGGGAAAAAGAAAGAGACCGCGAUAGGGGCCGUGACCGGGAGCGAGAGCGGGAUAGAGAAAGAAACCAGGAAGAUUCCUCUGGCUGGGAAGGAGCGGGAGUGUCUCGAAGACGCAGAGAACGUUCCUGGAGUGGAGAUCGAGAGAAGGAGCGCUCGCGGGAACGUGAACGGGAACGUGAAAGGCACAGAGAUCACAGAGACAGAUACCGCUGACAUGGCAGGUCACGUCUAUAACGGUUAAGCAGAGCAAAGACAGGACUAUUUGUUUCUGCGUCAAGCUGUAGUAAAAAAAACACUUGGAGGAUUCUAAGGUGAGGCUGAAGAUGUGUCUCCAAAAAGUAUAAUAAUGUGUACUUUUUGUUCUUCAGUCAACUGUACAUAGUGGGACUUUUUCCUGUUUUAAGAAGAAAAAAAAUGUUGUAGGAUUAUUUUUCAGGUACACUUGCUUCUGGGACAUCAGUCCAAAGCUUGCAUGCAUAUGAAAACUGAUUAACUUAAGUAAUACAUUGUAUUGUUUAUCACUUUCUUUU